GGCGCAGAAAAAUUCUCUCGGAAAAACUCUCCCCAAAAGAAAGGAGAGAGAACAAAAAAGAAAAAUCGUCUCCUUCCCCCAGCUUGCCAGCACCCAAAGACGGUGAGCGAGGGCGGCCGGCCGAUCGGCGAUGGGGUCGAGCGAGGCGCAGAAGCCGCUGCGGCGGAUCGCGGCGUCGUUCGAGGAGCUCGCCGCCGUCGCCAAGCAGCAGCCCGCGGGGGCGAUGGACGCUACGGCGUUCUCGCGCGCCUGCUCCAACGUCUCCGUCCUCUUCGGCUGCCUCGGCAUCGCCUUCAAGUUCGCCGAGAUGGACUACGUCGCCAAGGUUGAUGAUUUGGUGGAGGCGUCCAAGACGAUUUCAACAUUGCCCUCGAUGGUGGAGUUAGACAUUCAGAAGGACACUGUCAGGAAACCAGGGAGCCAUACAAGGAAUCUGCUUAGAGUGAAGCGCGGGGUUGAUAUGGUUAAAGUUCUGUUUGAGAAAAUACUAGUUACAGAGGGCAACUCGCUAAGGGAUGCAGCAUCAGUAGCUUAUGCUCAGGUGUUUGCUCCUCACCAUGGAUGGGCCAUAAGGAAAGCAGUUGCUGCUGGAAUGUACGCCCUUCCCUCAAAGUCACAGCUGUUGAAGAAAUUAAAUGAAGAUGAGGAGUCGGCAGAGGUUCAAAUGCAGAACUUCGUCAGAUCAUCUACACCAGUAAUCCUCUACGUUGAAGACCUGUUUACCUCGAGGAAUUUAGGCAUAGACUGGUGAACAAAACCUACAUACAUACGUUGAAUGUACUAAUCCAGUCAGAUGGUGUACUGUGAGCUAGGCUCCAAAAACUUUAUCCUUGUUUCAACGUUUGCAAGUUGUAACCAAAUCGAUAAGCUUUCGGUCUAUUACUAUGUACCAAACGUGUGACGUCCUGCUCUGGAGUUGUUCGUGAUGGGUGGUUGAGUAAACAGUUAGCAAAUGUGAGUUCUAGUUUCAUGCAUGUUACAACAUCCAUCAAUGAUGAGGGAAUAUGUCUGCCGUCUGAUUGCAAAAUUGUUGAGAAC